UUGCAGUCUCUCCCGCGAUAUUCGUCUCUACAGUCUAUCCUGCACCGCUCCCAACUAUCAAAACCGGCGGCUUUCCUUUCGAUAGAGGCAAAAACAAGCUUCAAGUUCCAUAUAAAAAAGCUAGGAGGAAAGCAUUGACUGCUGGGUCGGAGCAAUACGCCAGCCCCGCACUUCCCUCUUACCUUCUCUGCUCACUUCCUCUACCCACUUUCACUGUAGAGAAGAGAAUUAGAAGAGACGGAGGAGGAGAAGGAUACCCAUACAACCUAAUCUCCUUAUUCGCUCAGGCGGGGAGAGUGACAAGAGUAAUUUAGGUAUGGGUAGGGGUUGCGCGCAAGUUGCUCGACGGAAUAACGGAGGGGUGGCGUUCUCUAGCUCUGGUGUCAAGGUGCAGCUUUUCCUCCACGAGGCUACGGAUGCUGCCGUUAAGCCGAAAGCUCGUAGCAGCAAUGUCUUCUUCGCCAGUGUCAAUCAGGUCGGGAAGGGAUUCGGGCUCUCUUCCUCAACGAAUUCGCUGGAGAAUUCCUCUACCGCCGUGCUUACUGCUGCUAAUGUGCAGUUGAAGCUGGUGUCAAUAGCUGAGCCUCCUCUGACUGUAGAGAGCAGCAGCAAUGCCGAGCUGCAGCUGGGCGAAGUUCUCGACACGGUGGUGCAGACCACGAAGAAGAACAAGAAGGGUGGGUUUAAGUGGAGAAUCAAGGUGAGGAAUCCGGCGUUGAGGAGGCUGAUAAGUGGGGGUAUCGCGGGAGCUGUUUCGAGAACUGUUGUUGCUCCUUUAGAGACCAUAAGGACUCAUUUGAUGGUUGGGAGCAGCUGCGGGCAUUCCUCGUUCGAAGUGUUUGAUAAUAUUAUGAAGUCUGAAGGCUGGACUGGUUUGUUCAGAGGCAAUUUCGUUAAUGUUAUGCGUGUCGCUCCAAGCAAAGCUAUCGAGUUAUUUGCUUAUGAUACCAUUAUGAAGAACUUGACCCCUAAUCCUGGGGAAAAAUCGAUGCUGCCAAUUCCUGCAUCCUCAAUUGCUGGUGGCCUAGCUGGCAUUACUUCCACCUUCUGCACAUACCCUCUCGAGUUGCUCAAAACCCGAAUCACAGUACAGAGAGGAGUAUACGAUAACCUGCUCGAUGCCUUCGUAAAGAUAGUCCGACAGGAAGGGCCCGGGGAGCUAUACCGAGGUCUAACCGCAAGCCUAAUAGGGGUAGCGCCAUACACAGCAGCCAAUUACUUUGCAUACGACACCAUGAGGAAAGCUUACAAGAAGGCUUUCAAGACCGAGGAGAUCGGAAAUGUGAUGACCCUUCUUAUCGGGUCGGCUGCUGGUGCAAUGUCGAGCGCUGCAACUUUCCCUCUGGAGGUGGCGAGGAAACAAAUGCAGGCUGGGGCGCUCAACGGAGGGCACUAUCGCAAUCUGUUCCACGCUUUAGCUGGGAUCCUUGAGAAGGAAGGAUUGGGAGGCUUGUAUAGAGGGUUGGGACCAAGCUGCAUGAAGUUAGUACCUGCUGCUGGUAUAUCAUUCAUGUGCUACGAGGCUUGCAAGAAGAUACUGGUUUUGGAAGAGGAAGCUCGCGUAGAGCAAGCAACAGGUUGAUGAGCAUCUUGUUUUUCUUCUUCUUCUUCUUCCUCUAGGGGCUAGCUUCGGAAUUCGCCUAGAUACUAUUUGAUAAGGGUGUCAGUUUGCCCUAAGAGAUGUGACCUUUGUUCUUUUAGAUUCUAGGCCAAUAACUCUUUGAUGAGUUUGCUAGAGAGCUCUUGUGUUGUAUUAGUGGGUAUUAUGGCUCAACAUUCUUCCCUUUCCACCUGAAAAUCGAGGGAAGAGAUCAUUCACCAAUUUUGUAGGUACACUAAACUUAAAAGGCAUGUUAAUGAUCGUUGAACAUUAUUAGUGAUUGUAUGCUCGUUGGUCUCAGUGUAGUACUGCUGAACUGGUGUU